ACCUAUAACUAUAUUGUACCAUAAAUUCUCGAGUACUUUAUAUAUCUGUAUCUGUAUAUAUUAUGUAUGUAAUUUACUUUGUGUCAUGAACAUGGAGAAAUCAUGAGUCUGUAAAAAGGAAGGUUUGGAUUCCUUUGUUCACUCGAACAAAAUAUCAAAAUAUUACUUUUCAUUUUUAAAUAAAUAAUAUUAAUAUUUAACGAGUGAUCCUUAAUUAAUUAAUCAAUAUUAUUAAAUAAAGAAAUACCUAAAAGUAUUUUUGAAAUAAAGAUUAGUUGGAAUUAUAAACUUUAAACUUUUUAUAAGGGUCAUUGUUCUGAGAUAUAAAUUGCCCAGACAGAUAAAAAAAUAACAAACAAAUUACAAAAUGGUUUUGACUAGACGAGCAACCCACGCCGGAAGUUGGUAUACAGAUUCAGGGUAUGAUUUAAAUAAGCAACUUGGAGAUUGGUUGAAUGCCGCUGAUUUAUCUCAUGGGCCUGCUCGGGCUAUUAUUGCUCCACACGCUGGCUACAGCUAUUGCGGUGGAUGCGCUGGAUUUGCGUACCGUCAAAUAAGUCCAGUUGUAGUGUAAGAUUUCAUAUCAGACGGAGAAUAUUUAUUCUUGGACCUUCUCAUCAUGUGAGAUUACCUGGAUGUGCUCUGUCAUCGGCUUCAACUUAUCGUACUCCAUUAUACGAUUUGACAAUUGACCAAGAAGUCUGUCAUGAGUUGGAAGAAACCGGACAAUUUGAAUGGAUGGACAUGAAUACUGAUGAAGAUGAACACAGUAUUGAAAUGCAAUUACCAUUUAUAGCUAAAGUUAUGGAAGAUUACAAAAAUAAUUUUACAAUAAUUCCAAUAUUAGUUGGAUCAUUAACUCCAGAUAAAGAAUCAGUUUAUGGUAAAUUAUUAGCGCCAUACAUAGCUGAUCCACAAAAUUUAUUUGUAAUAUCAUCAGACUUUUGUCACUGGGGACAACGAUUCAGAUAUACUUAUUAUGACCGUUCAAGUGGUCCUAUUCACAGAUCUAUUCAAAAUCUUGAUAAAAUGGGAAUGGAUAUAAUUGAAACAUUAAAUCCAGAGUCAUUUACUGAGUAUCUUAAAAAGUACGGCAAUACUAUUUGUGGAAGGCAUCCGAUAGGUGUAUUGUUGCAGGCAAUUCAAAGUUUUAAAGAAAAUUGUAGCGAUCAAAAAAUGAAUUUAAAAUUUUUAAAGUACGCUCAAAGUAGCCAAUGCAACAAUAUGAAUGAUAGUUCUGUCAGCUAUGCAAGUGCUUCAUUGGUGCUCGAGUGACGUCAAACUAUUUCAUCACUUAACAAAUAUACUAUAUAAAUUUAUGCUUAAGUGCAAUGAUACGUAAAAUCAUAAUGAUAAUAAUAAUGAGUUCAAUGCAACCUACUUUAACUAAAAGAAGCAAUUAAAGUUUUGACCAUUUAAUUAAUAGUUGUGGCUUUAUAAUUAAUUUGCUUGACAUUACUAAGACUUAUAUAUUUAUAUUAUUUGAAAUUUUUUAAUUAUUA